CAUCAGAUAAACUGGCGCUUUUUUUUUCUUUUACACUCUUCGUCCUGGCGUGCUGUUGGAGUCGGUGCUGUUGUUAUCGUUGGUGUCAGAGAAGUGUGGUUUCCAUGGAUUUAACACCAAAAUGUCGUCUUGUGGUUACAUUUUCUAAACAUUUCAGAAGCCGAUGUCUUCAUUCCCAAGAGCGCUACAGUCAAGUCCGCUAACUUCAUCCUGUAAAUCUGCCAAGUGCCUUGCUCGCAUUUCUUGUGUUUACCUCCCUUAGACGUUCUGACUCGCCAUGGCUAGAUUCCUACUCCAUAGCACCAACUCUUCAAUCUCAAGCUUCUUUCUUCAACGCAGACAUUUCUUCUGCUGUUCCACUCAACGAGAGUCAUCUGAAUGAUUGCGAAAGUAUUUUACUUUUAUUUAACUACUUUGGUGUCUCGGAUCUUUAAAGAGUGAUUCGUGAAGGAAUUAUAUUUUUUUAAACGUCACGGUAUUCAACACAUUUUAUUAGACGAAUCUUGAAACUGAUUCACAAAAUAACAACUAUAGGAAAUUUUCACGAUAAAUUAAACAGUGUCAAGGUCGCUACAUUGAACUUCAAUGUUAUCAACGAAAAAUAUAAGAAAACAAUUACCUAGAAUCGGAAGAGAUUAGAAAAUUUAAUACUGCACCUCUAAAAAGUGCAAACAAAUUAUCCUAUUUAAAAUACUUAAAAACAAACAUAGUUUAUCAACAUUUCCAUUAUUCUCUAUACCGGAUAUACCAAAAAGCUAUUUAUUGUUUUUCCGUCGCAGUUUACACAGAAAGGCAAAACUUAAUGUUUGCCAAGUGCUGAUUAAAGCGUAGCAACUGCUUCGUCGUGUGAACUACCUGGCUGUUGUCGUCUGCUUAAUUCUUGCCUGCUGCUUGGAUAUUCUCCUCUAAUUUGUAUCUUUCAUGCAGAUAAAGUAUUGAUGUAUGCAUGUGUUCCUAGCUAGAGUACUGCCUUGUUCUUGUUCAAUAAAGACACAGACUUUUUUUAAAAAAAAGGAAAUUGCUGCUGUUAUGAUAGUGCUUAUUAUCUAUGAUGUUUAACUGUCGUCUGCUUCGAAAAUUGUAUAUAAUUUAAAAGUUUGGCAUUCUGAACUUUUGAUGUCGUCUGCUGAACCUGGAUAAUAGUUACGUCUGCUAGCCUUGUCUGAUAAUCACGUGAUUAGACAUUUAUAUUCUCGAAGAGACACAAAUAAAAAGAUUUCGUCUGAUUAUGACGUCUGGGAAACAACUCUAAAUACACCGGCCGUUCUCGUCUGCUGCACAAGUAUGCUUGUUCCACCAGAUGAUCACGUCUGCAAAACAAACCUUCUUGUUCCCGCCGACCGAUCUCGUCUGCUGAAAAAGUAGUCUAGUUCCACCAACUGAACUCGUCUUUUGAACAAACUUGCUAGUUUCACUGACUGACCUCGUCUGCUGAACCAUUCUGCUUUAAACGCUGCCUAACUACAUGUCUUAAGCACCUACGUUUGCAGAUUUGACCUACCAAAUAAAUUUAAGUCCUUAUCAUAUCUAGCAUCAUUUACUUUUCUUGCCAUUUCUUAGCAUUUUCGGGACACUUCUGCAAAGCUUUGUUUGAAAUUCACUUCUGCAACUAUUGCCAUCCAUUCAAGCCAUCACGUGAUGUCGCCAUAUACGUUAUUUUGUAUCUUAUGACAAGGACUAACUCUUGUUCUCAUCUGCGCCUAGCCGAAAAACAUUUUUUAUUUAGCAUCAUUCAACUUUAAGUGCUCUAAUUAUUUUGAAGAGCCACUCUACUGAUAACUUCCAUCUGUCACUUGUGUGAAUAGGGUUUUAUUGUUGAAGGUCUGCGAACAUAGUGCGGGGGGGAAAAAGGUUCUGAAGGAAUUAAGCACGUUGAAAGAGCAGCUUGAGCAAUGAAAGAGCAGCUUCAGCAAUGAAAGAGCAGCUUGAGCAAUGAAAGAGCAUCUUCAGCAAUGAAAGAGCAGCUUGAUUACAAGGCGUUCAUCAAUAUCACACAGGAGAUGGUGGAGCUUGUCCAGGGCUCCACGGAACACUACGGCGUGUACAAAAACAUUCACGUCAAUAUGUCUGACCUCAGUGAGGCAGGCAACAGAGCUGUAGCCGGCAUGCCCGCCACGACGACAGCUGCUGCUGGUGCCUCGCAUUGGGAGGCAUGCCACGAUUGGAUGGAUGCUCAGCAUACCCUCUUUCAAUUGGCCAACCUAUGUGCGGCCGUGUCACUGCUGACCCCUAGCAGCUUUCGUCACCACCUGCUGUUCCUCCGCUGCCUUCUCUUGAUAUCAUUCCUGCUCUUCAUUCUCUGGGCUGGCCUCUUUGAGUGCAUGCUGGACGUCCUGGUCUGGAACUGUCUGUUCUUCGCGGUGGACCUUGUCCACAUCAUCAUCCUAGUCUAUACUAACAUACCGAGUAGAUUCAACAAAAGUUUGCUGGACCUGUACGACAAGAAGAUGAAGCCUCUGAAAGUUGGACGCCGGGACUUCGCUGAGCUCUGCAGCCAUGGGAACAUCAUCCCGCUGCGGAAGGGCAUCAAGUACGCUAUGGAGAAUGUGACGCCCUGCGGGGAGAAAGUAUCCAUACUCCUUAGAGGAAGACUCAAAGUCAGCCAUGAUGGUGUGUUCCUUCACUCGGUAGAGCCAAAUGAGUUCGUUGAUUCGCCAGAGUUUGAUUCUAUACCACUAAUAGGAGACAGUACAGAAAAAUAUCAGGUGACCAUCACGUCCAGUGAAGAUUCCUUGAUCCUGUCCUGGUGCCACACCACGCUGAGAAGCUACUUGGCGACCAACAGUUUCAUGUGGACAGUCUUCACACACCUGGUGGGCAAGGAUGUGAGCGAUAAGUUGUACAAAAUACAGGAGCUAUUGUUGAGGGAGCCAACAGACAGACAUUCGCCCUCCUUUCUAACUCGUAACUCCUCCAUGGUAAAUGUCCGCAAAUGUCUGCUGACCAGUGAUGGACGACAGUCGAGUUUGACCAAUGAUGUUAACCUUUUGCAGGAUACAGCUAUGAACAACUUAUCUCCAACUAUGAACAACUUAUCUCCAGCUAUGAACAACACUGCUCCAGCUAUGAACAACACUGCUCCAGCUCUGAACAACCUGUCCUCGGAAGCUAACGUUGAGACUUGUGUUUAGUGUGCAACUCUUUACUUCUGACGUUUCUCUGUUGUCCUGAUUUUAUUCUCACACUUCAAAGAAAGACAUAUUAAAAACGCUUUUUAGCGCAAAGUGGUCACGUAAUAGUCUUUAAAGGCUCAACUUGAAGAGCAUGUGAUCCAGACUGCGUGUCACAGUUCGGGAUUCUGGUUUAAACUAAACAUGUGCCAAGAAGUGUGCGCAGUAGAAUCAAAAUGAUGGACUAAAACAAUAAGACAGUGAAAACUUUGUCACUGUAUUUUCUUUUCCAUCAAAUACAUUUCAAAGCAUUCCUGUUUAAAGGAUUUGAAGCCUGUGUACUAUCAGUAGAUCUACCAGGACAGAUCUACCAUAAUAUAUCUUUAAGGACCAGAUCUUCCAUGGCAGAUCUUACUGUAAUAUUUUUCCUUCAAAUACAUUUUAAAUCAUUCCUACUUAAAGGAUUUGAAACCUGGACACUAUCAACAGAUCUUCUAGGACAGAUCUACCAUAAUAUAUCUUUAAGGACCAGAUCUUCCAUGGCCUUUCGGGACAGAUUUUUCCUUACAGAUCAUUACAGAUCGUCCACCUCAGAUCUUCUAGGGAAAAAUCUGCGCCUUGGUAAUGAGAUGCAUCCUUAAAUUUCUGAAUCUUUCAAAAACACGGAACUAUUAUCAAACGAAGAGGUUUGUGAAAGUCAUCCGUGUACUGUGUCAUUUUGAUGAGUAGCUCAGUAAUGUCAAAGUAAGAAAAACUAUGAUAUUAUAUGGUCACGUGACAUGACUCAGCAAGUCCUCAAACACAUUCCUACAAGGCGAGAAAUACAAAAGAGUAAAUGGGCGGAUACUGGAUCCCAUCGAAGUUUAUAUUCCACUGAUUCAUUGAAUGCAAUUAAAUACCGAGAUUGAAGACAUGAAGUUGUAGGAGAAUCAUCAGUGGUACUCCAAAGUUUCUUCUACAUAAUUAGGGGAAUAGAACAAGUAAAAAAGAAGAUAAUUAAAAUGUGUUUUGAGCCUUACAAAUAAUUUUUCUAAAAACCGAAGAGACCCAGGUAAAUGCUUAUAGUACCUGAUCUACGGUCAAACAAAAAGAAGGCAUUAUGAGUAAAUGUUCAUUAAGCAUUGUAGUGUCCACACCAUCACUAAGCCCUGAACAAAGAGAAGGCUUGCUACACGUUAGAUGUACACUUUUUGUGGGCGGGGGAGGUUGCUGAACUUAUACAGCAAAAGAAAGACCUUCAAUAAGUCAAGGGCCACAACCAAACAAAAGUUCCAGCAGACGGUUUUAGCACUCUCUCCCUCUCUUCAUCUUAUUUCCACCUCAACAAAUCGAUGACCUCUUACAAAUUGCUUUUGGUCUAUACAUAUUUUUCUCCAUUUCAUCUGUGUGUGUGUGUUUGAAAAGAGGAUCGGGCGUGUGUAUUUUGUCUUUGAAGGACCAUCUGUAAUUUAUCCGAUAAGGUUCCAUUCUUUUGAUUAGGUAGCACUGUAGCACCCUGGCUCGUACAUGGUCUGUCAGAUACAAGGGCGGACUGGCUAUAUGGGCAUUUGGGCAAAUGCCCGGUGGGCCAGUACCCAAAUGGGCCGGUAGAGCAACCGAAAUGGCCGCAUCUAUGCCACUAUGGCACGUAUGAAAUUGUUAAAGAUUUUAUAAUAUUCUCUUAUAAAAAAAAAAGGCCACCUGAGCGUCUUGUUUAAAAAGAAAUCUUUUACAGACUAUGCAGUGUAAUACCAUUUUAAUUUAACACAUUUUCCGAAAUAAUGUAAUAGCCUUCAUCCGUAGACAGUGCUACUAGUAGGCUUCAUCCUUUUAGGGCCUACAUAAUUAGCGAUUAAAAAGCAACAUAAUGUCUAUAUUUCUUAUAAAGAUACAGAGUCCACUGUAUGCAUACACAUCGAUACAUUAUCAAACUUAACAUGAUGAUUUUGAGGACAGGUAGACCUAGAAAUGGAUGCCCAUCAUAUGAUAUAGAAUUUGUUGGCCGAAUUGCAUAGAAAUCCCGGGCCGAUUUUGACACUCAGUCCGCACCUGGUCAGAUAUAACUUCACAAUAGCUUAUUAUGAGGUCUUUCAGGUGUUUUUUUUUAAUAAUUAAUAAUCACCCGAUGCCUACGGUUCGUCCAAGCCCAUAGUAGACUACAAUUUGUUUUGUUUUGUUUUCGAGACUCGCCCACUUUUCAAGCUCUACUCAUAAAAAAUUUAUCAGAAGACCGACUCGUUCUGUGACACUUUCUUUGACCAAAUCUCUUCUAGUUUUAAAGCAAGAAAAACAUAAUGAAAUAAAGUAGAAAAACAUUCUAAGAAUAUAUAUUUUUUUAAAAUUCAAAUAUAAUCAAAUAAUUUUUUUAAAAUAAUUAAACAUUUUUUUUUUUCAAUUCAGGUAUCGAACCCAUGACACCGUCAGCUGCUAGAACGCGUUUUCUGUCGGCCAGGAAGUCACACUUGUGUGAUUAUGUAUUAGUUUGUUCAUUAGGCUAUAUGAGUAUCUAGAUCUAACACUAGACCAGAAUUCUAAUUUAGAAGUUCUAGUCUAGAUCUACUUCUAGUUUGUUCAUUAGGCUAUAUGGGUAUCUAGAUCUAACACUAGACCAGAAUUCUGAUUUAGAAGUUCUAGUCUAGAUCUACUUCUAGUUUGUUCAUUAGGCUAUAUGAGUAUCUAGAUCAAACACUAGACCAGAAUUCUGAUUUAGAAGAUCUAGUCUAGAUCUACUUCUAGUUUGUUCAUUAGGCUAUAUGAGUAUCUAGAUCAAACACUAGACCAGAAUUCUGAUUUAGAAGUUCUAGUCUAGAUCUACUUCUUGUUUGUUCAUUAGGCUAUAUGAGUAUCUAGAUCAAACACUAGACCAGAAUUCUGAUUUAGAAGUUCUAGUCUAGAUCUACUUCUAGUUUGUUCAUUAGGCUAUAUGAGUAUCUAGAUCUAACACUAGACCAGAAUUCUGAUUUAGAAGAUCUAGUCUAGAUCUACUUCUAGUUUGUUCAUUAGGCUAUAUGAGUAGCCUAUCUAGAUCUAACACUAGACCAGAAUUCUGAUUUAGAAGUUCUAGUCUAGAUCUACUUCUAGUUUGUUCAUUAGGCUAUAUGGGUAUCUAGAUCUAACACUAGAACAGAAUUCUGAUUUAGAAGAUUUAGUCUAGAUCUAGAAUGUAGAUGUACUCUAGGCCUAUAUUAGAGUUACGUAAAAAUGUAAGCAACGCUUAGAAAACUUUUAAAAAAAUUGAAACAACUUUGAAUUGACUCAGUUAUCGCACAAUCAUAAUUGAGGUCAUACGACUAACUACGUCAGCCAAAUUUAAAUGUAUUUAUUUUUUUAAUUUGAAAAAUUAUAACGUCAAACUAUGGUUUUCUUCAUGUGGCCAUCGAGCUAGUAAAUCUCAAGUUUCUAGGAAAAUCGGUAGAGCCGCAUUUGAGAUGAGUUUUCCUGGUUCCUGCUCGAUCCAGGUUCCUGGAUGCAGGUUCCAUGAAGUUCUGACUUGAAUAAAGGUAUUGCCAAAAAAAAAAAAACAAGAAGAAAAUAUGAACGUAUUUCGAGACCAAAAAGGUUCCAGGAGACAUCUUUUUUCCUUUGUCUAGCGUUGUACGAAUGUCGUCUACCUAAUUAAUGUAAAAAGAGAAUAGAAGAAUUAGAAUAAAUAUUCGAAACAUAUUGAAUACCACAUUCUGUCAAAUAGUCACAUCAUGGUUGGUCUACAUGUAAUUAUCUACAUUUACAAUAAAUAAUCUCAAGGGAGGUAAACGUUUUAGAGUCAAUGACUUUUGGAUGAAAAUAUUUUUAUGAGUUACAUACCCUGUAAAAACAAAUAUAGGUAUUGAAUAAAAAUGUUUGUUAGGUAUAACUUUUUUUUUUUUUGAAUUGCAUGCAUAUAAAGACAACUUAAAAGUUCAAAAUGUACAUUUUAAUGAAAUGUUUUCACGCCAUCUGACAAACCAUAUUUAAUCUAGAACUAUAUCUCUUCUUAAAGAACUGUGAAUCAUAGCCCCCUAAUACCCUCGUAACAUUCACAGUUAGUUCAUAACAUUCGUACUAUUGAGCAUAGAUUCCUACUUAAUUGACAAUAUAAUUAUUUUAUCUGUGUCGUGGGUUAAAUGAACGAACAGGUACACAAAAGGAAAGAAAUGGAUCUAAAAAUAAUGAUAGAUAAUCUAUUACAAAAUCCGUGGAUCUAAUACUAGCAUGAAUAAUGGGAUAUUUGAACUUUUUUCUUUUUUUUUAACGCAUCCGAUAAUUGCUUCAUCUCUUUACUUAAAAUACGAGCAACAUUGUAGCUAGUUUUACAACUAAGUCAUUUUCUUGUCUCUUUUUGGUAAAUAUUCCCAACAAUCCUCCUAACUCUAGGCGUAGUUUAACAAUAUUUUAUUAGCAGCUCAUAUUUGUUUUAUAAUGCCGUUUAUAUGUUAUUCUUUAUCAAAACAUCCACACAUUCUUUACAAAUCAAACAUGUUGGCUUAAUAUCCACAAAUGUUAAAGAUCAUGGAUCAAUCCAUCAGAGAAAAUGUGAUGGCCCUUUCGUAGAUAAAAAUACAUUUAUCAACCUUUUUUUUUAGGUGGGAAAAAAAAGGGGGGGGGUUUCUACUCUUUGUGCCGACUUUUCGGUGGGCAUGAUUGAACUACGUCGCGGGCCGAAUAUGGCCCGCGGGCCGUAUUUUGGGCAUUAAUAUAUUAGAGAACCGCAUUCAUUGCUUUUAAAUAUCAAAUGUAAUACUUGUAAUUAUAUUCUCUUAUGAGAAAUGAUCGUAUAGAUGUCAAUUUAUGGUUCGAGAUGAUCCGGAUCCCUUUUAUGAACCAUGUGGCCAGGUAAAGGAUUUUAUCCACGUGGCCAGGAUGAGGAGUUGGCUCCUCACCGACCCUUCUGUCUGGAGUCCCCCUGCAACUAGAUGAUCAUUUAUUCACAUCCGUCUGGUCAUGGGACACGGAAGCCAACGAUAUGGGUUCCUCCUACCAUGCGAGGCCAAAGGCCGAGCCCACGGUGGGCCCUCCAUAUGCCUAUAAUAUGCCAUUGAUUCCCGUGGGAGAGUCAUCACCGCCCGUAUGACCCCCGCUGGGGAACGAUUCAAUGGGUGUAGGACGGGGUAGCAGGCCUUUCUCACAUCCCCACCACGUGCAAGUACACUCGCUAGAGCAUAACUGUGGUAGCCCACUGAGAACCCUGUUUGCUCUCGUACUUAGCCUCUCAAUUCCACGGGUAGACGUUUCCACGGAGGUGCCACGCUGAGGCAACGGGAGCAUUUCCUCCGAAAUUAUCAGACAGUUCCAAAUAUUCUCACAUCAGAAUUUAUAAAUACCAGACAAAAACUUCUUUUCUAUCACCAGCCUACUUCGGAAUAGAAGAUAUAACCCCAUAGAGACCUACUUGUGCUGAAACAAAAUUCUAUCAGCAUUUUCAAUUAUCAAUCGGCAAUUUCGAGAUCUCGUCACCCAGCCUUAGCCGUUCCUAGAUUUGACCCACAACCGUUUGGCCAGAGCUGAGUGUGCACCAGAACUACUGUGGCCAAACUUCGAUAUGUGAAACUACACAUUUCUAUUAAGUGAUUUAUUUAGAACUCUAAUCUUCUUAUCUUGUCUUCUUCUUAUCUUAUGAAAUACAAGUCUAACCUUGACCCUAAGGUACUUGCCCAUCUAGGGGUCACGCUUGUGUAUGUGUGAGACCAUUAGUAAUAGACGCCCUCAACACUGACCUGCAACGUCACAACCUGUGGGCAGUUUAGACCAAUAGCUCGUUGUCACGUCACGUGGCAACGAACUAUUGGUCCAAACUGGCAACAGGCUGUGACGUUGCAGGUCAGUGUUGAGCCCUACUGUAACAAAUGGUCUCGUGUGCACGCAAUCCUUUCCUAUACAAUGACUAUACUACUAAUGCCAUGCAUGCUUUGACUCACUGCUGACGUAGUAGAAGGUAGCUAAAGCUACCUCUGGUUUAGUUUGUUCACAGCCACAAAAGCUUUGCCAUAGGAUGAAAUUGAUUUGUAAUUAUUAUUUUUGUACUUCCUGUAUGUUACGUAUAUGAUUAAACUUGGCCUAACUUUGACAGAAUACACAAUAGAAGAGAAAGAAACAAUAACUUGGGUAGGAUAACAAAAGGUCUCACUUUGGCUGAAUUCUCAUACUAUACGGGUUUUCAGUGACGUAGCCACCUUUGCGCGAAGCAGUGUCUCUGUGACCGGCCACAUGACUAAUUGGAGUCCUCUGGGGCUACUGAAAGAUGGUAGUUUAUUACUUUUAAGAAGUAAAAGUAUUUAGUGUCAUGACACUAUUACAGGUACUUAAAGAAGUCGUUACUGAAUAAUGGAUAAGAGUUUUAUUAAUUGUAAUGGGUGACACAUGCAUGGAAUGCCAUAGUUUACAAAGCUUAAUAUCAACUCACUCUGUCGGAUACAAAUUUUGUACACGUCAUUUCUCCCAAUUCCCAUUCUCGUAUGAAGUUGUACUGAAUGCUUCUGUGACUAUUGGAUUUUUACUGAAUGGCUUGUUAGAGAUUAGUAAUUGUUAAGGGUGAUAUAUGUGUACUAGAAUGCCAUAUUUUACAGAGCUUAAUAUCAACUCACUCUGUCUGAUACAAAUGUUGUACACGUCAUUUCUCCCACAUCCUUGGAUUUAGUUGUGCUUCUGUGACUAAAGUAUUAGUUUUUGUUUUAGGUCUAUUCUACAGAAAAUACAUUUAACAGGUAAUCCAUGAUUUGCUUCAUAUGGAAACAAUAUUUGAAAUUUCUUUCAAAAAUGAAGGAGAAGAGCAGUGUUACAAAUCUUGGUUUACUAAAUCUCAACAAGUCAAAUCUUGGUUUACUAAAUCUCAAAAUGUCAAAUCUUGGUUUACUAAAUCUCAACAAGUCAAAUCUUGGUUUACUAAAUCUCAAAAUGUCAAAUCUUGGUUUACUAAAUCUCAAAAUGUCAAAUCUUGGUUUACUAAAUCUCAACAAGUCAAAUCUUGGUUCACUGAAUCUCAACAAGUCAAAUCUUGGUUUACUAAAUCUCAACAAGUCAAAUCUUGGUUUACUAAAUCUCAACAAGUCAAAUGACGAAGUAAUGUGGAAGCGUAUUAUUAAAUAUAACCUUGUUGUAAAUCCCUAUUGCGGGCCGGUUCUAUGGUAUUUGCUAUCUCUUAGCUAAAGCUACGCCAUUCAUGUCAAUGUACUAACUGGAUCGAUGGAGUUCCACUUAAAACAAGGAACUACAUUGGCAGCAAAGUUUUUUUUUUUUCUAGGAAUGUCUCUGCUUCGACCGAUAACUGAUCCCUUGGUCUUUAUUAUUCAAUAAGACUGUUCGUCGGCAGUGGCGUAGCUAUGAAUUUGCCAUCAUUUGGAUGCCCGGGGGGGGGGGCUUGACCUCUUUGAUGGCCCAUGCAUUUUGCGUAAUAUUUAAUAUUUAAUGUAAAAAAAAAUCGAACACUCAUUUGUGUCCCCCCGUCAAGUUGAGUCCCGGGGGGAUUUUCAAAUUCUCUCCCCCACCCUAGCUACGCCACUGUUCGUUGGCCCAAUAAAGCUAUUAAGACAAACUGCGCUUAUAGUUUGUUGCUUUUGCCAUUGUCCUGACAAGUAAAAUGUUAGCUUCGAGAGUACUUGACUUCAGUCGCAAUGUUGGCAUUGAUACAAUGGCUAGUGCCAUGUUCAGGUAAAAUGUGAAAGAUAAAAUAUUACUCCCAAAGAGUAGAACUUUCAUUCUGUUCAUUCUCUAUUGGAAUUGCGCGUAGUUGCGCGGUUGUCCGACCUCUAUUCGCUGGACAGGAUCUGGGGGUGCACAUCACAUAUUUGUUGUGACCUAGCCCUUUCAUGGUCACAUACAUUGUGGAACUUUCAGACAGGACUAGUGCUGGACACCUCUCGGUUCACGCUUGUGUGUCUACUGAGAGAAAUCCUUCUGAGCAGUUAAAGUGAUUAAGGGAAUGCUCUGGACUCCCUAACGGACUUUUACUAAGAUCCUAUCUUUAUUUUAUUUAUUUUUUUGAGGGGGGGGGGAGGGUGGCUGGAUUUCUGUGCUGCUUUUAUGAAUUCAGUAAAUCAACCCAUAAUUCUGAGAGGUAUCUCGAAUUGUACUUUCGCUGUUCAGUUCGGUUUCUGCCACUCAGAACACUCCCCAUCCCCUGGCCCUUGGGGGGGGGGGGGGGGCUUGUUCUGGUGCAUUAUUGUUUUCACAAUUUUAUUAUAUUUUUAAGCAAAAAAAAAAAAGGUCAAGCAUUCAAGUUGUAAAAAAAACAUAAACUUGCUAGAUUGUUUAUUUGUGAUUUCACUUGGCCUUUACUACGUUUAGAAAAAACAAAAUGAACAACUAAAUAUGUUUAUCAUCACAUUCAACUGUAUUUAAUUACAUACUGGUUCUACUAAUACUAAUUCUGUUAUUGAUAGUGUGUACUCUUGAGUCUUAAUAAGAUUUGUGUGUUUUAUCUUCAGAAGGUUUCAUUUAACAUUUCUUUGUAACAUGUGGCGUAGGGGGUUUCCCAAAAAUAACAGAGUGGGCAAUAGUCAGUUGUAGAUGGUGUAGUACUUUUGAAUUACUGCAGUUAGAAGUAGAAGAUGUGGCACUUUGCAGGCCUGCAGAGGUAGAAGUUCAUUUACAUGACUACUACAUAACUCUUCUCUGAAAUAUAUGUCAAUAAAAGCGAUGCAUUCUGAGGUGGCUCCAACAGAAAUUUGGGUACCAGCCCAACCAGAGUUUGCCUGAAAUCCCAAAUGGUCAGUCCGAUCUGCAUUCUACUGUUAAAAGACAAAAACUGAGACAUUUAUAAAUUCAUACUAGACUAUAGGAGUGUUAUGGAGUGUGUGUGUCUGUGUUUCUAUGGUGACGGUGGGUAAAAGUUCUGAAUGAUGCAAGAUAGGUGGCAGUCAGCAGUCUUAGGUAGGACAGACGACUCCAGAGCGCCAGUCAGCAGUCUUAGGUAGGACAGACGACUCCAUAACGUUCGCAUUUUGUGUGUGUUGAAAGGCUUAGUUAACCAAUCCCUAGAUCAGACAUGAACCGGCAGCUCUCCAGACAGUUUUGUUUUUCUUAAAUGGGAGUUUUUGGGACCAAAAGACCGAAUCUUGGCGUGGACCACGUACAGCUGUGUAGACCUACUGGAGUUAGUAUCUGUAUUUCAUUCUUCCCGGGCAAUGUUUAUAGAUCGUGUCCAAAUUAAUUUCAGUUAACCUUGACCUUGUUGCUUACAUUAUUCGUUUUCUUGACCUGUCCGCAGGGAUCUGUAUCUUUCUAGGCGUCGUCUCCAUAUUUUGUUGAGGUGGGCUUCUUCGUGUGAUGUUUGUUUUGUAUGAGGCUAGUGUAUGAUAUGCUUAUGUUGAUCAAAACGUCAUCGACUUAAAUUUUUUUUCUCAUACUAUGAAGGUUGGUUACGUCAUGCUUACUCUUUGUUUUAUUAGCGUCAUGUUUGCUUUUAGCGUGUUUACUGUUGUUAUCUAUUUAUGAUGUUAAUUUGUGUUGUAUGAUUUAUGUCAUGAUUUUGUAAGAGUUACAAUGUGCCUGUCUUUCCGUUAGUUUUAUUGACAAUAUAUAUAUAUUUUUUUAUUAGAUCUGUAUAGAUGCUUUCAAAAAACGUAAUGAUGUAUUUUGUUACGGUGCUGUAUUUUCAGCUCACACAAAAUGUGUAGGUCAGUGCGCUCGAGACCAAUCCUUAUAGAAGGCCUGAACACUGACCUGCAACGUCACAACCCUGACAUGUCUUUACGACGUGGCAACAAGCUGUUGGUAUCAACUACCUACAGGUUGUGACGUUGCAGGUUGGUAUUGAGGCCUUCGCUGACGAAUGUUCUCGGUGGGCUAGACUUCAAUGUGAUGUUUGAUUUAUGUGAAUUGCAUUGUCGCUUUGGUUUUGAGACUUUUAUGCUAUGUUUUCAUUUCGUUUAUACAAAUACUAGUUGAUACUCGCAUUUCUCUUGAUUAAAGAAGCUGAUUGAAGCCUUGCGUUAACAUUGUAAAGAAAAGUUUGGUAAUUCCCGAUCUAUUAAUAAGUCAUUAACAAAAAAUAGUGAAAUAAAAAUGUAAAAAUACAAACUAAAAAAAAUAAUGUAUAUGAACUUUACAUUUUUAAUAAAAUAUUACAUAAUUUUCCGCCUAAUUGUACUGCCAUUGGAAAAGGCGUUAUAAAAAAAAUAUACAUGUAUUGAUUUGUGUCACUGACUGGUAUUGCUGAUAUUAUAGAUGUCAAUGUAUUACUGUGUAAACUUUCAUUGUGUACAAGUGUGAACGCCUUCACCUGUGUGUGCUGUAUAUUAACUAGCAGCUUGAUGGCGUGUGCUCUAACUGUGACCUUUGAUCUCGUACCACAGAAGGGAAAAAAACAACAAUUAAACAUUAAAAACAUUGAACCACAAAUUUGAAGGUGUCUAGUGUUGUUUCUUUCUGAUGUGGUAAAAGUGGGAAAGGGGAGUGUUAGAGAGAGGAUGUGGAGAUAGAAGAAAGGCACGAGAGAGGAGAAAGAGGAAGAAGAAAAGAGACUUGGUGGAAAAGAGAGAGAGACUGAAUAAUAAGAGUUGGUGAAAAGAAGAGAGGUUGCUAAAUGAUAAAUGUAGUGGAAAAGAGAGAGAUGGUGAAAGGAAGAGAGGGACAAAAUUCGAAUGCAGAGGGUAUCAAUGAGAGAGCAACAGACCGGGGAACUGGGAAAGAGAGAGAGAGAGAGAAUGAGGGACAAGGGAGAGUAACAAAGUGAAUUGGAAAUAAGAGAACCUGGUCCAGAGCAAGAGCAGAACUAAUUACAGCACACACGAGAAAGAAAUCUACAUCUUCUCGCUAUUUUUCCAUGCUACUAUAUAAACAUAUCUUCUUGCUCCUAGCUAUACAGUUUCAUUUCUCGACAAUCUUCCAUAUCUUUUCUAUGCACCACCUUAGCCAGCAGUUGGAACUUGACUCGCUAGCCUUCCUUGCCGUCAGACAGGAAUAUCUUGCUAGAAUAUACGAGAUCUUUUUUAUAAAUUUUAAUCAAGGAAGCAGAUAGGAAAGACGUGAGACGCAUGGGGGAAGCUGGUUAGUGGCCCAUGCCACAGACGAGAACCACAUGCAGAAAUGAGAUGAAUAUUCUGAUUUCUGGGAUCCAGUUUACGCAAUGAAAUACAGUAAGAAAGAGAAAACAAAGUCAUGAGACAUGAAGAAAUGUGGUAGCCAUAUAAUGAAACCUAAAGAAAAGGUAAAAAAAAAAUAAAAAGAAGAAGAUAGGAAGAGCUAGAAAACAAUGUCAAGGACGCCGUAUUAAAAUAUGGCUGUUGCCAACUUUACUU